UUUGACUUCUAUUCGGAGUCGAUUGGUCUCAUAUUGGUCUCAUACCAUGUUCACUGGUCUCCGCAAACGCAAGAGAGAUGAAGAGGAAGACUCCGACCACGAGGAACCUUCGUUUGGAAAGCAAAUACUCCCAGUAGCCAACUUGCCUGGAAAUUACGACGGCAUACCGCAGGAUGGGAUGGAAUAUCUUUUCACGGUCAGACGGGAUGCCCUUCGACUUCCUCGCAUAACGCGAGUAGACAAUCCCUACGCUAAGCCAGAAACUAAACCAACUUUGUCACUACCUCCUCCCACUUUACCUGCCCACUACGUACUUCCUUCUGAGGAGUGGUGCAACCUCAUUGAGACCAGAUUCCAAAAUUUGAGGAAGAACCUAUCGCAGCCCACUAUUCAUGUAGAAGUUCCUCAAAGUGGUUCUACGAAAGUUAUUCCGGACAUAAAAGAACGUGCGUUGUGGUGGGAAUUCUUAGCUGGGAAGCCUACGUCGGACUGGAAUCCCUCAAAAAAAACGAAAAACACAAAACAGCGAAAAUUGGGGAGGGGGAUGCGUGCUUUUACACCUGAAGCAGAACCGGAGGGGGUUCGGGACGCGAUCGAGACUACAACCUCCCAAUUCAAUGAAGGCCGAGAACCAGAAACGUCGACGAUCUCUUAUCAAUGUAAGCGACCAACACCCAGAAUUUUGAAACGGUUGGACGAGAGUAUGUCUUUACACCUGCUUAUGUACUUCACACAUUGGAUCAAUGUGCAACUUCAAGGCCAGCCAUCUGGACCCUCCGGCUCCCCUUUACCCCGCCUAAGCCAGGUACACGCGCAAUGGAUAUUUGCGCUGCUAACGCGCAUUGGGGAUUUUAUAUCAGCCGAUGACAUGAGCUUGCUUCGCAAUCUAUCGAGGGCUUGUUUUUCGCUCCUUAAAGUACUUAUUCGAGAGAAGGAGGGGUUGCAAACCGGAUCAGCGACCGUUUCGCCACAGAAAAUCAUUGGAGAAGAUUCUGAGAUGGAUGAGACUUCUUGUUGGGUCAUCAUAGCUAUCAUCGUUGGAGUCUGGAAGCAACGCGAUCUGUGGACCGACGCAGACGCCUUGUUGAGAAGUAUACCGUAGCUUGCAUACUUCUCUUUCUCGAAUCUCCUUCACUUCUGCUUAUGAUGUCUUCCCUGCGGCGCGACUGCUGAGCAUGAAGAGUUUUACAAGAAUCGGAGAGAGAUGACAAUAACAAGUUGCUUCUUGAUUCGAGCGUAGAAGUCCCGAUACCAUUACAGCAGUUGAGUUUGAGAUCUGUGAGUCUUAAUAUUCUGUAGCUAAGUAGCUCAAGCUCUUGUAAUCAGCCGUGGUUUUGUCAUUCCAUGACGCUAUUUCUAGUUCGUUUGGGUUUUCUAGUUAAAGUUGCGCUUU